UUAAUUGUUUGUAUAAAACAUCUAUAUGAUUACAAAACAUACAUAUAGGUAAACAAUGUGGAGAUUUUAUGCAAGUCAAGUAAAGAAAACAUCACAGAUAUUACUUAAAGGAAAUUUGAAACACAAUGUAAGAAACUUUAGUGUUUCUGUGAAAAAGAGUGUGAAGUUUCCACUGCCUUUGUUUUCUGGUUUUGUUGUUGGUUAUGGUCUAAUGAAGUAUUGUUAUUCUGCAGAAUGCAACAAAGUAAAGGAAGAUGAUACUAAUGACAAAUGGACCUUAUACCAAUAUGCUACAUGUCCAUUUUGUUGUAAAGUACGAACUUUUCUCGAGUUUUAUGGCAUUGAUUAUGACAUUGUGGAAGUUAAUCCAGUAUUUCGAAAUGAAAUCAAAUUUUCAGACUAUAAAAAAGUUCCAAUACUAAAAUCAGACAAGUAUCAGUUAAAUGACUCAUCCCUAAUCAUCAGCGUCCUGAAGACACACCUUCUUGGUAAAGGCAAUGUUGAAACUUUAUUGACUUACUACCCAAAGUUAGAAUCUCAAGAAAAGAAAAAGAAAGUUGUUGAAUAUCAAAAUCGUUACAAUAUCAUGUACCAGGAAGGACUGAAUGACAUGCAACAUAAAGCUGUAAGAGAAGAAGCAAAAUGGCGGAAAUGGGUGGAUGAUACGUUUAUCCAUACCUUAUCUCCAAACAUUUACCGCACAAUGAGAGAAGCAUUGCAAGCUAUGGAAUAUAUCACCCACGUGGGCAAUUUCUCCUCCUUUGAGCGUACUGUGGUGUACUAUUCUGGCGCUGUUGCAAUGUAUAUAAUUGGAAAAAGAUUAAAGAAAAAGUACAACUUGAAAGAUGAUGUUCGUGAAAGUAUGUACGCAGAAGCACGUGUUUGGGCGAAAGCUGUUGGAAAGAAAAGAAAAUUUCUUGGGGGAAAAACACCUAAUUUGGCUGACCUGAACAUGUAUGGUGUUAUCCACGCAAUUGAAGGUUUGGAUGCGUUUGAUGACUUGAUGAAAAAUACUAACAUUUUAUCUUGGUAUCAAGAAAUGAAAAUACAAGUGGAGUCACAUGCUGGCGCCAAACAAAAAGACUGGCUUAUCGAGAACUAAGAUCGCGUAGUUGAAAAUAGUCACAUAUCCACAAACCUUUUUGAAGAGAAAACAAUCACCUGCGAAUUGACCAUAGUGAAUUUUAGGGAGGAAUAAUGAAGAUGUUUAGAGUCCUUAUAUUAAAUUAUAUCAGGGGGGAAAAUACUGUUUUAGUCGAAUUAGUUAUACAGUAGACAGAUUCAUAUAUCCAUACAAGAAUACAACAGGCUCAUCUUCACAAA